UGGCAACUCAGUCCUACUUUCAAUAGCAAUGCGAUCAACGGCAAUGCAUCGACUUGGUCGGUUCGCCUUUGCCCUAUACUCAUCCUCGUCGACACUACGCCUCCCGGGAAUAUCUGCUGCAUUCUAGGGCUUAGAUUGACAGAUAGACAAAUCCAAACAUUCCGCCUAGUGAACAAGGCUACUAGCUCGGACGGCUCGUCUAAAUGCACGAAUAGGGAUAGCAACAGCAACGCUUCUGCUUGGGACCGUCUUCUUGCUCCCAAGUGGCCAUGUUCGAAGCACUAUACAGCCUAACAGGCGUCAAAUUUGGCAAUGAUGGGAGGAGUCCUAUGCGGCUCUUCGGGACUAUUCUCCACGAAAGGAAGCCCAGCCGUCCACGGCACGGCUCCAUCUCUGCCUAUUUGUCCCAGUGGAACAUGCAAUUGGAGGCUCAGUUCCAGUUCUGAUCCAUCCACGUUUGGAUCUCGAACUGGCAUUGGCCGUUUGCAUAGCAAGCGUGCCCGGCCAUGGGUCACAAUCAUACCCGGAAAGAGUCUCCAGGUAUAGGAGCCCGGGUAGUUUUGUGACUCGCAAAUACAUCGAUGCCAUGGGGCUUCCUCGUCAGGAGGAAAGCCGGUAUGGUGGCACAGAAGGUGCCCUCCGAGGUUGCGAGCAGCAUCCCCUUUCUUCCCACUGUAUUACGGUGAAACGGGGAACCAGUACUUGCUGUGCAAAGGCUGGCUUCCUGGUAUGCAUUGUGUAUAUGUUCAUAUAUAUUUGUUCCCGAGAACGAUCGAAGACCCAUUGUCGGCCACGACGCUUCGGAAAUCGUCUGCCAUGGCUCACGCCAAUUGACAGUCAACCUGAGCCUCCUUCAAUCCCUAGCAGACGUAGCAAUUACCGUAACGGUAUUCCGGGCUGUUUGACAGCGCCGAUAUCCACGAUAUCCAUAUGCCGGCGGUGCAGGGGAGGCAGAAGAUGCCUAGAUAGGAAGGUGGGUUGCGCAGAGACAAUAAUAAGUAAAUAGUGCCUGGAAGCCCAGGCAAAGACCCGAGAGCUCUUCUCUGGACGUUGGGGAUCCAGUAAUUACAGUACUAUCUUGCUGCUGCAACGUCACGGUGGAGGAUUUUGGAUCCUGCAGAUCGCCGGGCGUGUCAAGUUCUUGCUCUCCCCGCCGUUUUGCGUCACUUAUGCUCGUUCGGGGAAUCCCAAACGGCCAUUUCUCCGGCAGGGCUUACGCCGGCUCGUUUCCAGCUGAAUUGCCCGUGGAUCGCUGCCAAGGGCAGUCGAAGCUUCUCCGUACGUUGGAGGCAGUUCCAAUUUGUUAUCUACCCCUCCUCCCCUCGCGCUGUUCGCUGGAGAGCAUCGUGCGGCUCUUCGCUCUUCGCUCUUUGCUCUUUGCUCUUUGCUCUUCCACGCGGUUUUCUCCUUGCUCGUAUCAGUAUCUCUGUCUGUCUCUCUACCCCCUGUUAUUCGGCGUCAACUGUCCUCGCUUCAGUCGGUUUCGGUCUGAGUCACCACGGAAUGAGCCAUUCAGCCCGCCAUCGGCCCUCUUCUCCAGGGGGCAAGCGCAUCCUUAUUGAACCCAUGCGAGCGUCUACCGGAACAGUGCCGUUGAGUUCUUCCUACGAUUCUUCCGCUGGCCUCCACAGCUACACCGGCUACCCGGCCGAUGCAGGCUACGGAGGCGUCUACCAUUCUCGUCCCAACGUCAUUGAACCACACCUUAAAGCCCAUCCGAUCUCGUCCCACGUCUAUCGCGAUCCAGGCCAGGCGGUCACAACGAGAAGGGAGUACGCCGUCCGUCCAAGACAAAGGAGCAGUACGAUUGCCUCUGCGACAGAUGGCUAUCUGAAUCCGUUGCGGACCGCGGUACACUCGUCGGCGGCACGGCAGUCUCCUGUGGUCGUCUCGUCGAGUUACACUGCUCCUCCAACCCUAUACUCAUCACGACCGCCACAUACGCAGGAAAGUUCAGGCCGUUAUCUAUCGCCGUCCUCGUCGCACCGUGGCCGCCAUCGUCAUCGGACCUAUUACACGGACUAUGCGAGCGACUCGGGCCGCUUGCAUCAGGGUCGGAAUCCCGCAAAAGUGCGAACCGUAUACGCUAGACACCCGGAACAUGGGUCCAGUCACCAUCGGCCACAUACGAGGGAAAGGCGCUUCGGGAAAGACGAGGAUAUCGACGCAUAUAACGCGUACUCCUAUACAACUCCCUCGGAGCAGUUCGAGAGAGAGUCGCAAGACUAUGUCGCGAUGUUGAACCGCCGCCGGGGUGGCGAUAGAAACCGAAGACCUGUCAGCAUGACCGGACUGGAGGACUAUGCUCAGUCGCUGUCGCUGCGAGAGCGGCCGGGAGCCCACUCAUCGUCCGGCAGAGCGGCACCGCAAGACGAGAGGGAUGACCGGUCUCGACGGCCGGUUCAAGACAGCGAUGAUGGACAUUCACCCUGGCGGGAAGAGCAUCAUCACCACCGCCGCCGCGCGCGCCAUGGCGAUGACGUCAGUGGCCGACCGCACCGCGACGACCGCGCUGCUUUGACUUUGACCCAAUACAACGGGGAUCCGCUUGUGCCCGGGUCAGGGACGGGGCUGGCGACGGCUGUCCUGGCCAGUGGGUAUUCGGACAAUGACUAUGACCGCUUCACAAGACACCCCCGGGGGCGUUCUCGUGAUCCAGGGCGUGAAUACGACCGGAGGGAGUCCGGCACCCGCGAUCGCCCCGGCGAGGUUCUCGCCCCGAAAGACAGAAGGCACCAUCAUAGAAGCUAUCGUAGCCUGUCGAGGCGGCCCUUGGACUGGCAUGAUGAAAGUGACACCGAAAGUUACUCGUCGGACCGUGAGCGUCGGAGUCGCAGACACAGACGGCCGUCUCGUCCUAGGCGCACAACUGACUCCGAAGGUCGCUCCGGUGAUGAGAACCAGUCCUCACGACGCCUGAAGGUUGAGGACCGACGCCGUCGCAGAUCAUCCCGGUCACGGCAUCGCGUGGAUGACGGUUCUUCGGCGAAAGAGGAACGCUCUUCUGAGAGUCCCGAGAGGCCCAAAAAGCCCAUCGCCGUCGAUCCCGUGCCUCCGAAGGAACCGGAGGCGCCUCCAAAGGGCAUCCUGAAGCCUCCUCGGGACAAGUUUCCGGAAGAGCCCAACCCGGUGCGGGAGGGAGUUGCGCCUGCCAAGGACGCUCACAAGAAAGGAAUCCCUCCGGGAGCACGAUGGACCAAAAUCGACCGAAAGCUCGUCAAUCCUGCCGCGUUGGAAGCUGGAAAAGAGCGGUUUGAAGAACGGCCCGACUUUGUUAUUGUCCUGCGGGUAUUGACCAAGGAGGAAGUUCAGGCAUAUGCGGUGAAAACGCAAGAGAUACGAGGUGAGAUUUUCCAUUUCUUUGCCGCGUGCAAGCCGUUCAAGGAACAGUCGCUGACCUGGAAAUAAUGAAAAUGAUAGAUGAGCGUUAUGGACAAUAUCUUCGGGAGAAGCGGAGACAAAGAGAAGCAGCACAACGUCAUGGUCUUAAGGACGAGGAGUUCUCGAGCGACGAUGAAGAUGACGGCGAUGACAGGACUCCACUUGCCAUCGAAGCGCCUCCAGAGUUGGAGAAGGAACAGUCGUCGUCUCGUGCGCGUUCCAGAGCACCAAAUCAGCCGGAGGGCGAGCCUGCCAGGGCUAAGUAAGGCAGAUACAUGUUAUCUAGGCGUUUCAGGGAUUUUACAUCUUAUGUUUAUGACUCAGGGGGAUGUUUGUACGAGCGGAGGUGUCGGUGUCCUGUCAGACCUAUAAUUGAGCAUCCAUCCAUGGCUUGGUUCUUUGACAUGAUCAAGCUCGGCGAAACAUCCAGCAUAGUAUAAGUAGCAUGAAACAAGGUAUGCAGUAUCUUAACCUUGUUAGAUCUUUUAUUUGGCUUUAGGUCUGAACACCAGUCGUAUUUCUUCAUUCAAUAAUGACCGUCGGCUGCGGCAACUCUGGCGUUAUCUUGAGGAAACAAAGAAAUAAAAAUAUAUAAAAAAUUUUAAAUCAUGAAACAUAUAUGAAUGUAUAUAUAUAUAUAUAUCUAUCUAUCUAUCUAUCUAG